GGGGCUGGGCGGGGCCGCGGCGGGGAGCCGCAGGAUAGCUCCGCACUCGCGUACUGCGCGGGGUGACGGACGCUGCGGUGGUUGGAGCAGCGGCAGCGCGAGUGGCUGUAACGGCCGCAACGGCUAGCUGCUGGUGGCCAUGCUGGACCGCGAGCGCGGCUGGAGCGUGUCGUUCGCUGGCUGCGGUUUCCUGGGCGUCUACCACAUCGGCGCGGCCACCUGCCUGCAGGAGCACGCCCCGCACAUCAUUCGCGACGCACGGCACAUCUACGGCGCCUCGGCCGGAGCGCUGGCCGGCGCCGUGCUGGUCGGAGGCGGCUCGCUGGCUGAAGCUUGUGCAGAUGUUCUGGCAUUAGCGAAAGAAGCUAGAAAGCGAAAUCUUGGACCUCUUCAUCCUUCCUUCAACGUGAUAAAGAUAAUACGAGAUGGACUGAUGAGAAAUCUUCCAGAAAACACUCACCAGUUGUCAUCAGGCAGACUGUGUAUUUCACUAACCAGAGUAUCAGAUGGUAAAAAUACAUUGAUAUCUAAUUUUAACUCUAAAGAAGAAGUUGUCCAGGCUUUGAUCUGUAGUUCAUUUGUCCCCAUUUAUUGCGGCCUAAUUCCACCAUCAUUUAGAGGUGUGCGCUAUGUGGAUGGAGGAAUCAGUGACAACUUGCCUCAGUAUGAAUCUAAGAAUACAAUCACAGUUUCACCUUUUGCUGGGGAGUGUGAUAUCUGCCCAAAGGGGAAUUCAGCCAAUUUUCAUGAAAUGAACUUGACCAACACCAGCAUUCAGCUCAGUUUGGGGAACCUUUAUCGUUUAACACAAGCACUCUUUCCACCAGAACCUAAGGUACUUGGAGAGAUUUGUGAGCAAGGAUAUUCAGAUGCUUUUAAAUUCUUGAAAGAGAAUGGUAUUCUGAAUGACUCAAUUUAUGUCAGCUUGUCCUUCACAAAAAGAAAUCCACAUGAGGCUGUGCAACACGUUGACUAUAUGAAGAAAAAAAAUAUUUCUGAAAACAACAGAGUGGAAACUUCAAAAGUGGAAGUACUCAGUAACCAGAUAAAACAAAAUUCAUGGCCUUUGGAGAAGAGCAUAUUUGAGAGUCUACCUCCUAGGCUUCGUAAAGCACUGCAGGAAGCCUGUAAAGAACCAAAUGGAUUCUAUGCUCAGUUCUCUAAACUCUUCCCAAUACGAGUGAUAUCUUACCUGAUGCUACCAUAUACACUGCCUGUGGAGUCUGCUUAUUCUGCUGCUUUACGGUUAGUGAACUGGUUUCCUGACAUGCCGGCUGAUGUUCGAUGGAUGCAAGAACAGUUUUGUCAGAUUGCUGGUACAGUUUAUUCCCAGGCCAAAAGGAGGCUUUUCUGUACAUCCAGGAAAGACAAUUAUGCAUCGUUAAGGAAAUGUCAAACUGCCCCAUCUACUGUGGAAUUUCAUUCCUCAUACUGUCAUCUUCAUCACUGUCAUCAAGUGCCUCACUCUUCUGUGGACAUUGAAACCUGGCUCUGGGAGUCUUCACAAUACAUGGACUCAGUUAUGAAACAUGUUUCUGCUAAUCCAAAGGAGCAGUCAGACUCCUAUCCUAAUUUUCUCCCAAAUUCUGAUGAGUCUGGACUGGAAAUAGAUUUUGACUCUUCCUCAGAGACAAGUUUCCAAACUUGUCCAGAAUUAAUUCCAGAAAAUUAAUGUGGAAAUAGAUUCCAAGCUUCCAAAAUUCCAGUUUGGCAGAGAAAUUUAAAUCCUAAAAGACUAAAGGUCACUUUCUUUAUUGCCAAUAAGUCUUGGAGUAUUGUUUACAGUUUCCUAAAAAAUCUGCCUUUAGAAUUCUUAUAUUUUAUGGAUCAUAAAAAAAAAUGUGGUUGCUAUUACUAAGUAACAGACUGCAUGUCUGUCAAAGCACCAGCUCAGUGAACUAUAGUAAGGCUUGCAGUAAACAGUGUCUCUCUGGAAAUCAGAUUUUAAAAAAUCUACUUUCAGAAUAAAAAAAAUCAAUUCUGUAAGCAGCUUGUUAGACGAACAAACACUGAAAACAAAAGUUUUUUUUUAAAAUACAAUUCCUAAUGAUAUGUUUUAGGAUUACUUUUAUAGCACUUAAAUGAAAUUGAACGUGUACUACAUAAAGGGAAUUACACAUCUGAGCUUUUUAGUGGCUUCCUAUGUCUGUUUGCCUUAUGUUUGAACAUACUGGUCUAUUUAUGGAAAAGUUGUCUGCAUGAGAUACUGUAGGAACAGUAUCAUUCUAGGUUCUUUUACAUACUGCACAGUUCAUAUUACUGCUCAAGUUCCUCUAUGGCUCUUCCUUGUUUUAAAUACUUCAAUGGAAAAAGUUGUAAGAACUGGGACACUUUCACAUGAAGUGUAAACAGGUACAGUUUCAGUGACUUCAUAGGACUUUUGUGUACUUAAAAAGAGCUUAAUACUUGACUAAGUAUUGAAAAGUAGGUAAAAUAGUGGCUGUGAUUAGUAGCACAAAGUAAUUUGAGGUGUUUAACUUUAUGGCAAAUGUGAACGUACAUCAAUGUAUAGAAAGUGGUAGAUGUUGUUUUGGUCUUCUAAUUGCUACCCAAUCAUUCUUGAUAAUUUCCUCCCCCCCUCCUUGCUUGAGAUAUUUUUUUUCUCUCCUUUCACUUCCCUCUUGCUAGAGGGGUGAAGAAAAAAAGGUCUUUUCUAUCUCAGUGAGGUAUGAUAGCCCAAAGGAAGUUUUCCAAGAACAAUUGCUGGAAGAAGCAAAAAAAAAACUUAUUGAAGUAACAAUAUCCAGGGCCAUGUGCAAAGGCCUCAAAUAAUGAUUUGAAAAUCAGCCAACUCUUAUCUGUGUUGAGUGAUGAGGAUUUUAAAUACCCCCCUACAAACAUUAUACAUGAUUUUAAUAAAGACAACAUAUCAGUGUAUGAAUACUUCAGGAAAAAUAAGUAACUGCUGAGAUUUAACUACCCUUUUGAUGUUUUGGUAUCAUGUCUUCGACAUAGUUGUUUUUACAGUAGAAGGAAACAACUGUGUCUUCAGAGGUCAGGUUGUGCAUGUGGGAUGGGGCAGGUCUGUGACAUUUGAAGGCUUCUCUUUCAAGAAUAUGAGUUCUGGGCAACCCAGGUGCAGUCCAGGGAGGAGACUAUGCAUGCUUACUGAAAGCAUCCUGUAAAAGGAGUAGCAGACUUCAGGAAUGUGAUGCUCAGGAGAGAAGAAAAGGGAAUGUCUGUUGCUGUAGCGUCAACUAUGCUACGUAGAAAUCUUUCAGAUAGCAAAAUCUAGCAUUUCUGAAUUGGACCAGCAUUUAAAUGGUUUAUCAGUUUCUCAGAUUUCCCUAGGCUCCAAGUGCUAAAUUUUACAACAUUAAAAUGAUUAAAAUGAAUGGCGGGGGACAGGGGAGAAACUGUCAAGCUAUCAAUUUUAUGUUACAGAAGACUUUUACUUCAACUGCUUUAUUCAUUUAUUGUGUGUAUGCAUUUUUAAAUUUGCAAGAAAAUUUGGAAGUGUUAUUGUAACCACAACUAAAAGAUAGAAGUUCUGAGUUUUAUUGUCUCAAGCUUUUUGUAACAUUUAACAGAAUGUUAUACAAUUAGUUUUACCAGUAUCUUUUAGAAUUUAAGCAUGAUUGACAAGUUCUGCUUUCUGUGUACUGAGGUAGUUCUACUAAAUACAUUUAAAUCAAUAUUACCCCCUUCUUCCAUUCUGCAUAGCUCCAAUUUUCUCUAAUUUUUCUAAAAUAAAAAGACAAUCUCUUUUGUUACCACA